UAUCUGAAACCCUCUAGAAUCCAAUAAUGUUCCUCAAAUCAUAAAUUCCAAUUACCCAUGAUGGUCAUCGCCUGAAUGGCCUGGCGGCCCGAAUUAUCGCCGGCAUCGCUGCUGAAGCUGGUGUCGUUUCUGAACUGGGGUGCUCUGUAUCUGUGGUGCUGUGCUAAAUGGCCCAAGCAGAGUCCCGAAUGGUGUUCCCGAUUGGUGACGGUACUACACGGCAGCGUCGCAACUGCCGUGGGCAUUUAUCAGUGUGGAGUGCGCUCAAUCACGCCAUGGCGUCUAACCAUGAAAAUAACAAGCUGGCACUACGCACUGAUGGUUUGGUCGUGGGGCUACUUCGCGUUCGACCUGAUCUGGUGCCUGGUGUACUGGACGGAGAACACGCUGAUGCUUUGCCACCACACCAGCGCCCUCUACGCCAUCACCAUCUACAUGCAGAAGCAGUACACUGGCUGCACCUUCGCCUGCACCCUCGCUAUGAUGGAAGUCACGAACCCUUUCCUACAAGCACGAUGGUUUCUCAGAUACGAAGGAUAUGACACAACCAUGCUAUAUUUCCUAGUGGAGGUGACGUAUCUACUGAGUUUCCUCGCGGUGCGAGGAGUUCUCGGCACCUGGGUCAUAUACAGGAUCGUGGAAUCGGAUAUAUUCGACAUGGACGAAAAAAUCAUAUCCGUUAUCUUCUAUUUCGUCUCACUGGCGUUCAUCAGGGACAUUGUGGGCUACAUCGUCUAUAGAUACAGAAGUAGAAUCGAAGCAUUCAGAAAUUAUUUGGAUGAAGUAGGCAUUUUGUUAAAUGAAGGACACUAACUAAAAUUAAAAGGAGCUUUAAUAUUGUAUGUACUAUUUACAAUAAUGUGAAAAUUUUGUAACAUUGCACAAGUUUUUGAUAAAGUUUUGUUUUCUUUCUAACACACAGUUUUAUUUUAUCAAAAAUACAAUUUCAAAAUUGAAUUUAAAACUUAUAACCGAAUUAAAAAUUCUGACAUAGUCAAGGGUUUAACAAAUGGAAAUUACAAUGGAUAAUUGGAUAGGUCACAUAGCUGAUGGCUGAUGGGGCAGUAAGGUUCUGUUCUGGCAGUGUAGCACUCGCACCCAGUAGCUAGACAGACCACCUCAUUAAGGUAGCAGGAAGGGCCUGGAUGCUGGUCACUACCAACAUUAAUAUUUAUAUUAAAAUUUCAUAUCCACUAACUUUAUUUAACUACAAUCACAUUUGCUAUUACCCUGCUUUAGCAAGUCAAAAAAUAUUAAAUAGAUAAAAAAGUAAAAGACUUGGUGCUCUGAUUUUAUAUAUAAUUAAAUACCUAUACAUACCUAUUUAAAUUUCAUAAUUAUGGAAUUUUGGAUAUUGGGAUGAGAAUAAAUUAAUUUAAAUCUUAAUAGAACCAGCAACAUCCAAGUGUCUAGCAGACAGUUCUAGUUUUUAUCUAUUAAAAAACUUUAACUUAAAUAAAACUGAUAUCAGUUUUUCAGAAUGAAGUUAGGUUAAUUGCCUUUCAGGGUGAUAUGUUAGUGGAUAUUGGAAAAGAAAAA